AACGAAAUUGAAUUUCUAAAAACAAUCACUCAAUCAAGGUGCGUUUGUUCUCGGAGGAAGCAUUCAAGUUCUAGUGACAGAAUUUCGCGCAAGAAUCAUUAGGAAUUUGAUCGAAUUUCUGUUCGUGAAAAAGCCCCAAAUUUUCGAGAAGUUAGUAUGGGGAAUUUAAAGAUGACGAAGAAAGGGGGUGGUUCAAAGAAAGCUGGGAGAACCCCUCCGAAGAAGCAUGUUGUGAAACCUAGUGCAAGUGGUAGUAGGAAGAAAAAGAGGCAGAAGCUGGUGUACCAGGAGGCAAGUGAAGAUCUAGAUGGCGUACAAUGCAGCGAGGAGGAAAGUAGUGAAGAGGAGUCCUCCUCCGAGGAGUCCUCCUCUGAGGAGUGCUCUGCUUCAUCUUCUGCGUCAUCCACGGAAGGGUCAGAAGGUGAUUCCUCGUCUUCAUCUUCUUCUUCGGAGGAGGAAGAGCCAAGAAAGAGAAAGAGGAAGAAGUCCUCGAAGAAGGCCUCGAUGAAGGCCUCAAAAAAGGCCUCGAAGAAGGUUUCGAAGAAAAAGAGCAAGAGUGCCGGGGAGAUUGUCAAGGCACGUAAUCGUGUUGUCUUGACGCAUUUACGAACUUGUGAAAAGGCCCCUAAAAUUAUUUGCCGGGUCGAGUCGUUCGUCAAGUUAAUCAAGAAACUGGAUGAUUCAAGACGGGAAGAAGUAGAGAAAAUGGGUUUCUCGGGGUUGUUGGAAAUGAAGUUGGGGAAGUUGGACAGGAGGUUCUGUUACUGGUUGAUGACCAGGGUAGAUGCUGAGGGGCAUGUAGAGUUUGGGGAUGGGAAUGUGUUCCGGUUUACCCCGCAACAUGUUCAAAGGAUUUUUGGGCUGCCAAUGGGAACGAAGGAUGUUCCUGCACCUGUGGCAAUUGAUUGGAAGGAUCAGCAAAUGGUACGUCCUGCCAUUGAGCUAUUUAAGAUGUCCGGUACUGGAGUUGCUGAUCCUUCGAAGGAUAUGGUGUUGUUGGAGAAGGUAGCCAAAGUUGUGGAGGGGGAGAAAGAUUCAGCGGGGGAGGUUAUACCUCUAAGUACCCCUGGUGAGAAGCUAGCAUUUAGGAAUGCGUUCUUGGCUGUGGUAGUGGGCCACUUACUUUGCCCUACAGCCAUGUGCACCAACCUGUCACACAAAUUGAUGGCUGUGGUUUCGUUGGGUGGUGUGGCAGAGGAGUACGAUUGGUGCACGUGGACUUAUAAUAGGCUGAUGGAACGUGUGGAAGUGUUUUUGAAGAGUUUUUACGAUGAUGGUUAUGCUCGUGGAUGCGGUGGCUGUGUUGUGGCCUUAAUGAUUUUUUACCUUGAUCGCUUGGCGGGAACCCCCGUUGAUGUAGAACCUUUACCUAGGUUGAAGGUUUGGGGGAACCUGGAAGUGAAAAAAGCAAUCAAGAGAGACAAGAGAAAAGGAUAUGACUAUGGUAGAUCCAAGUCAAAGAAGGUGGUUUAUGAUGGUGAAGUGAGAAACAGUGUUAGUGGCCUGACAAACAAGGAAGUUGACAGGCGGAUUGAAAUUGUGGAUGAGCCGUUGACCGGCAAGGGCACGGAAACUGAUCCUAGCAGGGCAGAUGUUGGCAAUGCAGGGGGAAACGCUGGUGUUUCCCUCUUAGGAAAUCUAAGUAGAGAUAGUGCCGCUGUACAAGAACUGGCGCAUCAGGUACUUGAGUUGUUCAAACCCGGGUUGGAGCGUAUGAUUGUGAAUGCUGUGUCCGAGAGGGAAUGGUUAGCGAGCGGUAGUGGUAUGGGUGUUGGUGGUGAUGGCAGUGGGUGGGGUGGUAGUUUGGUUGGCACUGGGGGGUUUGCUGGCAGUGGUUGGGUUGGGCCUCGUGGUGGGUUGGUUGGCACUAGUGGGUUUGGGGGCACUAGGCGGUUUGUUGGCAGAGGUGAUUACGGUGUUGGUACGAGUAUGGGAAUGGGAAGAGGGGCUGGUGGUAUGGGAAUUGGAAGAGGGCCUUAUGGUUUUCUUGGGGGUAUGGGAAGAGGGGGUGGUGAUGAUGAUGUAAGUGUAGGUCUAGGUCUAGGUCUUCUUGGGUUUGAGAACGCUCCUCGUCAAGGCUACGAUGCUGCUGCUCGAGCACCGAUCGACUUUGAUGCAUUUGCAAGUGGAAAGAAUUCAGGAGGAUCAGGAGGAUCAGGAGGUUCAGGAGGAUCAGGUGGAAAGAACAUUGCUGGUGGGGGAUACUCAGCAGGGGAUUCUGGUUCGUUCCACUAUAACAUUGGUGGUGGGGGUGGCGGUGUUUCAGCUGCUGUUUCGAACGGUCUCUCGACUGCUGCGGCACCUGUUCAGGUCGAGGAAGGUCCUGUUGGGAAGGUUGGAAUGGUGGCAGCUUCGUGUGUGAAGCUAGCUAAUCAACUUUCGUCUGAGGAGAUGCUAGACUCUACAACUGGAUCUUCAAAGAAAUCAGACGCCGCAGCCGUUCCACCGCAGCCGCCGUUCCACCAGAAAGUUGAGCAAGUGACAAAUGUUGAGCAAGUGACAAUUGUAGAUAAAGGAAAAGAGAAAGAAAAAGAGAACGAGCCAGCAAUUACUCCCGGGACUGGGCCCAAGAGAGUGAUUAAGCCUGCGUUGUCUUCUGCUGUGUAUGAGUUGUCUACGAAUCCACAGAGAAUUACAGCGUUUGCAAACCGUGUCCUUGUAUUCAUCCGAUCUUGGCGGUCAUCAAGGAACAUCCCCACCUGCCCGGGACCAGAGAUGAUUAGCUGUGAUGGUGGGGUGGCUGAUCAAAGGGAUUGUUACCACACAUUGAUGGCGAGCCAAUGUGUGAGUUCCGGGUAUGUUCGGAUGGCGUCCUUUCUGUACACUAAGGUGUAGAGGGUGAAGGAGUUCGUUGGAAAGAGUGAAAGGAUAUUGCUGACUCCUGAUUUUGCCUUAAGGGUAUUGGAACCCAGAGACUCCAACUACAUCAUAGGCACCAAGUACGGCAAGGUUCUGAAAAACAUCUCGUUUACUUCUCUAGCGACGGUAUUUGUCCCCGUACUGGUCAAAGAACAUUGGUGGGGUGUCUGUUUUGACAUUAAGGGGAAGACAAUAAGAUUGAUUGAUUCGAUCUUCAAAAACCCAGCGGAGAAACAUGCCGAUAACCUUAAUGAUCUGGUUAAUGCAAUGGACACCAUGUUCGAGGUGAAUGUACCUGGAUACCAGACAGGGACAAUGAGCAAUUGGCGUACUGAGGUCAUCAACAUAGCAGGCAAUGUGGACAAUAAGUCGUGCGGGGUUAUAAUGUUAAGCUGCAUGAAGGCAUG